UCCUUUAUCCUUUUUAACCCUAUCUCGCUGCUGUUGGGGUACUCUAACUUCAAUCUUGUCUCCCCAUCUCUCGAGCCCUUUGGACGACCUGCCCAUAUUACAUACAACCCACUCCGUCGUCUCGUCUAGGCGGCUCCGCUUCAUUCUCCUCCUCCCCCUCACUCCAAGUCUUCCCCCGACUACAUCCGUCCACCGCUCCUCUGGUUCCGGUCAAGACCGGCCUUAAAUAAACCCAUCGAGGCAUCCAGCGGAUGAGCCUCCUGAGACCAGAUUCACAUUCAUCCGCGGCCAUGGCGACGACCGGAGAGAAGAGUGACGACGUGCACCAGGUGCCACCAUCUCUCCCCCCAGCACCAAUGGAGGACUACGCCUUCCCCGAGCAGCGCCUGAAGAAGGUGAUGGAUGAUCCAGAGAAAACACCACUCCUCCUGGUUGCGUGUGGUUCAUUCUCCCCCAUUACCUACCUACACUUGCGGAUGUUCGAGAUGGCGUCCGAUUACGUCAAGUUCAGCACGGACUUCGAGCUGAUCGGGGGCUAUCUGUCCCCUGUGUCCGACGCCUAUCGUAAGGCUGGUCUGGCUAGCGCAGAGCAUCGCAUCGCCAUGUGCCAACUGGCGGUCGAGCAGACGUCCGACUGGCUAAUGGUGGAUCCGUGGGAGCCGAUGCAGAAGGAAUAUCAGCCUACCGCUAUUGUCCUGGAUCAUUUUGACUACGAGAUAAACACGGUGCGGAAGGGCAUUGACACCGGAAAUGGGACGCGCAAGCCGGUCCGCGUGGCCCUUCUGGCGGGUGCGGAUUUGAUUCACACCAUGUCGACUCCUGGUGUGUGGAGUGAGAAGGAUCUUGAUCACAUCCUGGGUAAAUAUGGAUCUUUCAUCGUCGAGCGCAGCGGCACAGACAUCGACGAGGCGCUUGCGAGCUUGCAGCCGUGGAAGGAUAACAUCUAUGUGAUUCAGCAGCUCAUCCAGAAUGACGUCAGCAGCACUAAGAUCCGUCUAUUCUUGAGACGAGAGAUGAGCGUGCGUUACCUUAUCCCGGUUCCUGUCAUCCACUAUAUCGAGCAACACCAUCUCUACGAGGACGACGGAGCGGCCGGUACCAAGACAAAUGACAAGGGCAAGGGCAAACAAGUCGUGAGCUCGGAUUGAAUUUCGAGGGCACCAUUCCCUGGAGUACUUUCGGCCUAGAGGGAGUGAGCCUAGGAACUUCAACAAGAGACGAUACGGAGACUCAACGGCUACCCUGGUCGAGUCUUACAUUGAUACCAUGAAACUGCAACACCACUGCCAACCCUGCGUCAAGAUUAUCAUCAUCAUCUAACUGUCGACGUCGUACACAUGCACAACAGGAGGCCUGUCAUGAGCGACGAUAAUUCGUGUUUUUCCGGGAGUUUCAUCGACUAUCGACCUCACAGGAGCGCUGCUGUGUGGCAGACUUCUAAGCACGAUAGGUUCCCCGUCAUGCGUUGCUGACCGAGGGCGAU